GUGCUUGGAGGAUUUGACCGUGUCUUGCUUGAUGCUCCUUGUAGCGGAACAGGUGUCAUUUCCAAGGAUCCUGCUGUCAAAACCAACAAGGAUGAGAAAGAUAUCCUGCGCUGUGCUCACCUGCAGAAGGAACUGAUUCUUAGUGCCAUAGAUUCAGUCAAUGCUGCUUCAGAGACAGGGGGCUACAUUGUCUACUGCACUUGCUCUAUCAUGGUGGAGGAGAAUGAGUGGGUUGUGGAUUAUGCCCUGAAGAAGCGCAAUGUUCGUUUGGUGGCCACAGGCCUGGACUUUGGCAAGGAAGGCUUCACCAGGUUCAAGGACCGUCGCUUCCACCCCUCCCUCAAGUCUACGCGGCGUUUCUAUCCCCACACGCACAAUAUGGAUGGGUUUUUCAUUGCUAAGUUCAAGAAAUUCUCUAAUGCCAUCCCUCAGGCACAAAAAGAUGAAGAACCUGCUGUGGAAGCAGCAACUCCAUCUGCAGUCCCUGAUACUAUUAUGGAGCCUCAGCCCAAAAAGAAGAAACUUGAGGGAUCAAAAGUUAAUAAAGAGCAGAAGCCACCACAGCCUGCUUUGAAGAAGAGACAUUCAUUGCAGGGACAGAGGAGACCCUUGAAGGCUGGCCAGCCUUCUCCCAAAGUGAUGCGUCCUCAAGGCCCUGUGAGGAAGAAGCACAGAGUGAAACCUAAUGGACAGUGA